AUGUCAUUUUCCUCAUCAACAAAUCUUUAUUCGUCGGAUCAAUCGUCUUCCGAAUAUUAUUUCAUUCAGUGUUAUGAGAAUGAUUCUUUAGAACAUUAUGAAAUUAAUCUUGAACGUUACAAAGACGAAAGAGAUGCAAUACAAAAAAAAACAUUUACAAAAUGGGUAAAUAAACAUCUUUCAAAGACAGGUCGUCGUGUCGAAGAUCUUUUUGUUGAUUUAUCAGAUGGUUUAAACCUUAUUGCACUGUUAGAAGUACUUUCCAAUGAACAUCUGCCACACGAAAACGGGUUUACACGAUUUCAUCGAAUACAAAAUGUGCAAUAUUGUCUCGAUUUUUUAAAAGCAAAAAAUGUUUGUCAAGUAAAAACAGUAAAUAUACGGCCAGAAGAUAUCGUUGAAGGUAAUUCGAAAUUAACGCUUGGACUUAUUUGGACAAUUAUCCUUAAUUUUCAAGUUUCGAUAAUAAAGCAACGACAAUAUGAAAUUUCAAAUAGUCAGGUGAAGGAUUUGAUUUUAUAUUUAUUUUUAUUUAUUUUUUGUUAUUUUCAUUUUACAUCGUUAUUCGUCUCUUUCUUCCUAUUUUCUAUUUGCCAUUUAUUAUUGCUUAAUUUUUCUUCUUCUUCAUUUUUUUCAUAA